CCCCCGCCCCUUCUUUCCCCCGGGCCACCCAAGUUCCAGCAGCUCCAUUUCCUUCCUCGGCCGAGAGCGAGAGAGAGACUGUGGAGAGAGAGAGAGCAACUCUGCUUGUGUGUGCGUGUUGUGCGUGCGUUUCAAGUCGCUUUUAAGUAAAUUUGAUUGUGGAAGCUGGGACGGAAUAUCAUUAUACCGACGGGUGUACAAAUUUAAAGAUAUUUAUUGAGGUAUACGUAUUUAUAUAUACACGGAAAUAUAUGUAUAUGUAAAAGACUCGAGGAAGGGAAAAAAAAAAGAGGGAGAGAGAGACUAAUUAAAAACAGAUGGGAGAUUACCUGAGGAAAUGUGAGAGAUCAAUUGGAGAGAUGGCAGCAGCAGCGGCUACGGAAAUCGGAGGAGAAAUUAUCAAAAUGAGAGCCGUGGAGGAGGAGGAGGAGGAGGUUACCAGCUCCAGUAAGAGACGUAAAGUUGACGAUUGUGAUGAGGCGCCUGAGCCGCAGCUAAAUUUGCCAGCCUAUACACUUUCGGCUUCUGCUGCAAAUUCAACGACGACGUCCUCGGCGGCCAACGUCCAUGAGGAGAAAAUGAGAUCCACGGAUCUGAAGCACCAGGAUUCCGAAACUGAAAUUUCCACGCUCAUAAUCCGCCAAUUCAGAGAGACGAGUCCGUCAAGUGAGAUUUGCGGAGGAGACUCGGGGAUAGAGUUGAUGGAGUCUAUAUCGUCAACGACAACAAAGAAGGAGGAGUCUUCUCGGAGAAAUCGUCAGGAGUUGAAAACCAAAACUUGCAUGCCUUCAGCAGCGGAGAUCGAAGAGUUCUUCGCCGUGGCUGAAAAGCGACAGCAGAAACAAUUCGCGGAAAAGUACAACUAUGAUAUAGUGAAGGACGUGCCAUUGGAGGGCCGGUACGAGUGGGUACGUUUGAAGCCUUAAAUUGAUCAUCAGCUUGCAUGAUCCAGCUGAAAUGGUCGAAAACGAGAGGACGCUGGGUUACUACUUACUGGGAGUAAUAUAUCAUAUAUGUUAACAUCACACGAGGACGCACAGGGCCAUUGUCUGUCUUCUUUCUUCUUCCCUUUUGUUCUUUGGUUGGUAUUAUUAUUGGGACUUUUAUAACUGGUCUUUUAAUUAAUCAGCUAAUUAGUAGAUUAAUCAAUUGGCUAUUGUAUUGUAGGCCGGAUUUGGGGUUCAUAGAGUGGUGACAUAUAUGUGUACAGUAGGUUUCUAUCUUUAUGUAAAGAAGCUGGACUCCUUGAUCUUUCCUUUGCCUAUUGGAAUUGUACUGGUCCUCCUCUCUCAGACUGCUACCACUGAAACUAUUACUGCCGCUUUUGAAGAAGCUUCUUUUCCAACCUCCUCCUGUCUAGGAACCAUCCGUAAUAAAUCCACUCUCUUUUUAGAGAUAUUCAUUUAA